AUGAAUUUGCGUCUAGACAGGCUUCUGAUUGAUUCCAGCUGGUCUAAACAGUGCCUGCUGGACUGGCGCCCGUACAUCCACUUGGCCGUGCCCGGCACGAUCAUGUUGUGCGUUGAGUGGUGGGCGUAUGAAAUUGGUUCUUUUCUGGCAGGUCUGAUCAGUGACGUGGAACUUGGAGCUCAAUCGGUCGUGUAUGAGCUGGCAAAUGUUGUAUAGCAGUUCCCAUUGGGUUUUAGUGUAGCAGGCAGUGUAAGAGUUGGGAAUGCUUUGGGAGCCGGACAAACAGAACAGGCCAAACUGUCUGCCAAGAUGACAAUUAUCUGUGCAGGGUCAGUGUCUGUAUGUUUGGCGAUCCUCAUCAUGAGUCUGAAGAAUCAUAUCUCUUAUAUUWUUACAUUUGAUGAACAAAUCAGGGAAAGAGUGGCUGAUUUCAUAUCUUUCUAUGCUCCAUGA